AUGUCUCCUCCCGCCUCCACCAAAGUCGAUCUGUUCAUCGUCGGCGCUGGGCCUGCAGGCUUGGCAUUGGCAAACUGGUUCCGUGGCGCCAACAUCAAGGUGCUUAUUGUCGACAAGAAGCCAGGCCCAACACCUCGUGGGCAAGCAGAGGGUCUCAAGAGUACGACCAACGAGAUCUUUGACUCUUACGGUAUUGGACCUCAAGUCACGGCCGAAUCAUGGAGGCUCGAGGAAAUUGCCUGUUGGGGCACACGCAAAGAUGGAGGUGAAGGCAUUGUCAGAGAACAAGUCAUUCCGGACAAGGUCGCUGAACUUGGCAAGCCUCGGGAGACGAUGCUCCAGCAGUCACGAGUUGAGCACCACAUGCUUCACAAUAUUCUCUCUCAUGAUAAUAUUGAGAUUCGGUACAGCACGGCUCCAAUCUCUGUUGACGUUGACACAUCUUGUGUCCAUGAAGCAGAUACAUUUCCCGUGUCUGUCUCCCUAGAAAAGGUUACUACCAACAUAAAUACUACUAAUGGGGACACUACUAACGGGACUAACUGCCAUGCCACAAAUGGGCACCAUAUCAACGGGCAGAAUGGACAUCAACCAAAUGAACAUGAUGCUCCCUCGGAUAAGAUCUCGGCCAAGUACAUCGUCGGCUGUGAUGGUGCCCGCAGCUGGCUCCGCAAGCAGCUCGACGUCUCUUUGGAAGGAGAUCUCACAGACUCGGUCUUUGGCGUGGUGGAUAUAAUCCCCAAGUCCAACUUCCCAGAUAUUCGAAGGGUCUGCUAUCUACGCGCCGCAUCUGGCACCAUCCUCCUGGUACCUCGCAGCAACAAGGAGGUUAGGAUGUACAUCCCUGUGGAGAGCGGCACAGCCCUCCCUGACCCCAAGGACCUGACUUUCGACCGUGUCAUGGAUGCCGCUCGCAAGAUCAUUGCUCCUUAUACAAUGGAAGUUGGUUCUGUCUCGUGGUGGUCAGCAUACCGGGUGCGUCAGCGGGUGGGCAAUCACUUCUCUCGGCUUAAUGAGCGGGCUUUCUUGGUUGGUGAUGCUGUUCACACGCACUCGCCCAAGGCGGGUCAGGGCAUGAACACGUCGAUUCAAGACGCGUACAACCUUGGUUGGAAGCUUAGACUUACUCUCGAAGGAAAAGUCCGUUCUUCUGGCGCACGGCAGGACCUUCUCAGGACGUAUGAGUCUGAGCGACGUCCAGUGGCACUGGACCUCAUUGCGUUCGACAAGGGCUUCCUGAAACUGUUUGCAGCUCCGUCUGCACAGUUUGAUACUGAAAUACUUCAGGCCUUGAAGUUCACGACUGGGUUGUCGAUUCGUUACCCACCUUCUUGUGCUGUGCAGUUGCCCAAGGGUAUCGAGCAGCUGGGACCCAGCCUCCUCAAGGCAGACCUGGUGCCGGGAAAGAGGCUUCCCGACUUCAGAGUGGUAUAUCAAGCUGAUGGGGUGCCAACUUGGAUGCACCAGAGAUUAAGUGCCACGGGGCAGUUCAGAGUCAUAAUUUUCGCUGGCGACAUCUCGGACUCUACUGCGUCCAAGAGGUUACAUGACGUGGGCAAGUAUUUGGGCGAGAGCAAGUCUCUGAAGCAUGUCGUGAUGCCUCAGUCGGAACAAGAGCCAUUGGUGGAGGUUGUGGUUGUACAUUGUGCUGAGCGGGAUCUGGUGGAUCUUUCGGCACUGCCAGAAGUGUACCGCCCUUGGAGCGACGAGAGCGGGUAUGAUUUUUGGAGGGUGUUUGCUGAUGUGGAGAGCGUGCAUGAUGGUCAUGGCAGAGCAUAUGAGAGGCUUGAGAUUGACCGACAGGUUGGCUGUACGGUGGUUGUAAGGCCUGAUGGGUAUAUUGGUGCCGUUUUGGAGGUUGAUGAUGUGGAGGGCGUGGAGAGAUAUUUUGAGGGGAUGAAUGUAUGA